AUGGCUUAUAGUAUUAGCACUGGCAGAGCAGAUCUCAUUAACUUACUUCUUCUCUCUUAUCAAGUUCAUGGCCUCGGCCGAUAAUAAUCGUUCAGUGUCACCACUAGUCCAAAGGACGAAGCGUAGGGGAACUGCACUAUCAUGUGCUGAAUGUAGAAGAUUGAAACUCAAAUGUAGUCGCGUAUUUCCCUGCGGAAAUUGCGUGAAGAAAGGUUGCGGUGCAAUAUGUCCGGAUGGAUCCCUUACUACUGGAAAGGGCAAUCGAUUUGUUCUUGCAAAUACCGAAGAUCUUCAUGACAAAAUCAGCCAGCUUGCCACUCGCGUUCGCCAACUAGAAGAUGCACUUGCUCAUUCUCAUAGUAUAAGCUCCUCUCAACCACAUCCAUUACUCAGCGAUGAUCUUUUACAAAUCAAACGACCACUUGAGCGAGAACGCGCGGAUGGUGCACAGCCUAAAGAGAAAAAACCUGACACGAAUGAUACAAUCGAUGCAAUGGGGUCCUUAUCGAUAUCUGAAAGGGGCCGUUCCACUUUCUUUGGGCAAACAGCCAACUCAUGGUAUCUUCUACGAAAUGAGCAAGGCUCCGACGAAGAAGAGAAAUCCCCGGGCUCAGAUCUCUCCAUCCCUUCCGAUGUUCCGUGGCUCUCUUACGCAUUUCCAUUGACUCCAACCUCGCUGAACAAAGAUGCAGUACGGAACAAUAUCAUUACUCUUCUACCCGAUCCUUCCUCGGCUCAACGUUUAUGUGAACUUUACUACCGACAUGCGGCUUGGAUGUAUACGCCUGUCUCCAAAAACGAAUUUUUUGAAAUGGUUUAUCGGCCUAUCUACAAUACUGAAACUGGGUUUCCAAUCAUUGGAUCACACUAUCUAGCAAUCAUGUACAUGGUCCUCGCAAUAGGCACCUUGCUCGAUAUCGACCGACCAUCCCAUUCACAAGAAGCAACACAAUAUUACGAGCUCGGCCGAGCGGCUCUGGCUGUAGAUUCUGUGUUCGAAGAGCAGUCAAUACCAGCUAUUCAGGCCUUGCUUCUCAUGUGUCAUUACAUGUUUCUCGAUGAUAUCGAAGGCCCGAGGUGGGCGACGAUGGGCAUAGUCGUUAAGCUAGCUCAAAGUGUUGGACUUCAUCGCGAUAGUGGUAAAUGGAAUCUGAACUCUGAUGAAACGCUUCGCCGAAGGUGCUUGCUCUGGGAGAUAUUUACAUAUGAUUCGUGGCAGAGCUUGACGUAUGGUCGACCUCCGUCUUUCGCUCUAGCUCACAUCGAUACCGAAAAACCGUUUGGGAAAAGUAAAAAUGUUCAUGGGGAAGUAGAAAUGUCUUUUGCGGCAUGGAAACACUUGUUUUGCUCAGAAUGUUUGAGUGUUGUGAUGGAACAAGCUUUUGGGGCACGCCCUCCGUCGUACAAGAUCAUACAGGACAUGGACAAGAAAGUUCGUUCAUACUACGUGCCCCCGAGUCUUCAAAUUCCUGGCUUUGGGAAAACUCCAAUAGGCCGGGAGCUCGAACAGCAGCCGUCAAUCCAGCUGAUUAUGCAGCGUUAUAUUGCUUUUGCUAUUCGAGAAAUUACGUUAUUUUACCUUCAUCGAGGCUUCUUUGCUCGCGCCUUGGAAGACAGCCCUAUUGAUCCUAUGGGAAGCAAAUAUGCGCCCUCCGUACUAGCAGCAUAUACAAGCGCUUGCUCCUUCGUAAGCCUGAUCGACAGUAUGUUCAGGCAAUACCCCGUAUUAACGGAACGCAUGUGGUUCUUAUUCACGCAUGUGUUCUCUUGUUCAAUUGUCUUGGGAUCUAUUGCCUGUAAGGUUCAGAUCGCCAUCGCACCCUCUGCUCUCUCCCACUUGGACACUGCUCACAAACUCUUCUUGUCCACGACCGAAAAUCCCCGGAGAGAAAAAGUUCUGCCAAUUCUUCAUAGAUUGAAAGAACGAGCACAUGCAGUGUUGACUGGAUCUGCUACUCCAGGGUCACCGCUAUCUUCAGGCUCGCCGCCCGUCAAAUCCGAAGAAGAUGAACUGGCUGCAUUGGGAGGCAUGACACGAUUAGUUCCCAGGAAGCCGUCCUCCGCACCAUCAACCCCAUCAUAUGCCGGUUCAAGCCCUAAAUCGGAUCCAGCAUCUCCUUCUCCUAUACAGAGUACUAUUCCGGAGCAAAGUCCCUACCAUUCUCCUGACCAAACAACUGCAUGGCAGUAUCCUCUCCCGAGCCAUGAAUAUACAGAGCAUUCGCAGUAUCCGCACUAUUCGCCAGAAGCUGACACCUCUAUGCGCUACAACGAGCCUCAGUUACAGCAUGGAAUUUCUCCUAUGAAUGGCAUGACAGAUCCGUACUUUGGUGGUUAUUCCAGUUCCCAAUACUAUCGACCUGACUUUGACAAUGCUUUUCAAAAUGGCCUUCGGAAUGCUGGAGAUUUCAAUCUUCCCGUCGAGACUGGUGAUUCAUGGCAUAAUCUUGUGGCUUCACAAUAUAAACCAAUUUGAUAUGUGAUAUCACUUCAUCUAUGCUACGACUAGUAUUUCACCCUCUUUCUCAUUCAUUUAAUGUAUGUAUCGUAUUGCACAUGUACAGUUGUAUCAUUAUCAUUACUGGUAAGUAAGUAAUCAUCUUUACGCGUUGGCCGAGGUGUAAUUUAUGUAUUUGGUCGUAACU